AGACCACCACUGCCACCAACCAAUUUUGACCGUUGUCAAUAUAGUUCAACAAGGUAUUGUGCCAAUACAUUCAUAUGAGAUGGCUUCCAAGCAGAACCAUGAUAUCAGAUAUGAAGUGAUGACGUCAGAACACGUAGAAGAAGCAUCCCAUGUUUUAUCUGAGGCCUUUCUGCGUGGAGAUCCACUGUCCAUAGUUGUCAAUCAUCCAUACGAGGUUGAACUGUCAUCAAACAUCAAUCUUUGCAAAUACUGUGUACAAGAGGGAGUUUCCAUGGUAGCUAUAGAUAAUCGCACUGAAAAGGUCGUCGGAGCGAUAAAUGGACUGCUUUGCCAUGGCAAUGACAUCGAACUUGAAAAGCCAGACCACCCAAUGAUAACUGCCGAUAUUGCGCCAUAUAUAAUACCAGCUAUGAAGCCUUAUAUUUGGGCAUUGGAGAAAAGCUUCUAUGAAUAUCCUGACUUCAACAAAGAUCGUGACUGCAUGAUAUUAGUGAGUUGUAAGAUAGGUGUUCGUGAAGAUUAUGGUGGUAUAGGGAUUGGCACCAGAUUGGCUGAGUUGCGUGCUGAUUUGUGUAGAGAAAAGGACAUAAAGUUUAUUUUGGUAACUUCAACUGGACCAAUAAGUCAAAAGUUGUAUUCGAAAUUAGGGUAUGAAUACAUCAGUGAAAUUCCAUACAAGGAAUUCGAAAUAGAUGGUAAACAACCUUUUGCAUCAAUAACAGCAUGUUCAUCUUCAAAGUUAUUUGUGGGGAAGUUGUAAUUACUGUUGAUAAACACGAAAUAAAAUUUAAAUUACUACAUAACAUUUAACAGAUAAAUGGGUUCCCAAGUUUAGUAGAAUUGUUAGUUUGUUAGGGGAACGCCACACUGGUAAUAGCAUCUCUCUUCUGCUGUUACUGAACGCUAUUACUGAAAGUAGAUGAUAUGAUCUGCAUUUGUCUAGAGCAUUGUACAGGGAAGAAAAGG